AUGUCUAAGCUUCAAAAACAGAAUGAAAGACAAUUGAUAGAUAUUAUAAACAACAGGUCCAAUGAAAAUAAGUGUGGAGAAUGUGGUAGUAUGCAUCCAACUUGGGCUUCUUGGAAUCUUGGGAUUUUUUUAUGUGGUAGAUGUGCAUCUGUUCAUAGGAGAGUUUUACCUUCGAAUGUUUCCAAAGUCAAAUCGCUCACUUUAGAUACUUGGACGUCUGAACAAAUCGAUAGAUUAAGAAGAAUUGGUAAUAAAAGAGCCAAGAAACAAUGGAAUUCUAAGCGGGAACCUUUCCCUUUUGAUGAUGACGAUACUUCAGAAACUGAACAAUAUAUCAGAUCCAAGUACAUUGAUGGUAGAUUUAGAGAUGAACCUAUUGAUAAAAGUGAAUAUGAAGACAAGUAUUCCAGGUACUCCGAUGAAGAUGAUUAUUCGUCCAAGACAAGAAGACUGAGAUCUAAUAGUUUAAGACUGAGGCUGAGACUGAAUAGUGUUAGACAACAAGUGCCCAAAUUAACUCACAGAAAAUUGACAUCGUUUGAAUCCACCCAAUUCAAAAGUCAAGUAAAUAAGAUCCUAUCCUUCGGAUACAAAAACCCUGAAAGUAUUCAAGAAGCUUUAAUUUUGAGUAAUGGAGAUAUAGAUUUUGCUUUGGAUAUUUUAGAAGAAGAUGCAAAGUCAAAUCCUUCACAAGAGGAAGUUGCACCAUCAUUACCAUCAAGACCACGGCCUUCAAUUUCACAAAGCGACUCAUUCCUGGCAAAUAACCCUUUGGCAUCAAUGGCUACUAACCAAACUCAAAAUUCUAAUAACUGGUGGUCUGGGUCUAACGUUUCUUCCAAUGCUACUGGUUUCAAUCAGCAACUUCAACAACCUCAAAUUUAUCAAUACACCGACCCUGUCACUGGUAGAGUUUCUUAUAUCGACUCCAAUGGACAAGAAUAUUUGGAUCCAAGUAAUCCACAACAUCAGCAGUUACUUUAUCAACAGCAAAAUCCACAAUUGGUUGCUCAACAAACCCACAAGCAACAAAUUUUGUCCUUAUAUAAUCAGCCCGAUAACUUUUCUUCCAAUGUAGCUGUGCCUGUUGAUCAAUUGAACCAGUCUCAACAACCACAACAACCACAACAACCACAACAACCUCAACCUCAACAACCUCAACCUCAACAACCUCAACCUCAACAACCUCAACAGUUCCAACAGUUCCAACAACAAUUCCAACAACCCACACAACAACAAUUCCAACAACCUACACAACAGCUGUUCGGUCAACAACCACAAUAUCAACAGCAACAAUUUAUGCAACAACCAACCGGAAUGGGAUUUCAACAACCCUAUAACGGACAAUACCAACAAUUUCAACAAUGA